AUUCUUAUGUGAAAAAUAUUUUAACCGAAGUAUUUUUGUUCGUUCCGAUUUUAAAAAAAGCUGUUGCCCAAAUGUAAAUAAAAUUUAAAGCUAAACUGGUUUGUUGUUUUCCACCAAAGUUUAAAUAAGAAAAGCGCUAUCGGUUUACUCGGAUUUCACCUCGAAGAGUGCAUAAAACGGACAAUUUUGAAAUUCAGUUUUCGAGGCAGGAAAUUUGUUCAUGUGAAGCCUGAAUUUACAUUUUUUAUAAGAUAUUUUUAGUAUUUUCAAAAAGUAGCGAGUGUUGCAAUAAUUCUUUAAAGAUCAUAAGACCAAAUUUUAUAGUUUUUCUAAUAAAAUAAAUAGAUGGUAGAUAACGUACGUAACGUUUCUCUAUUUUGUUCUAAUCUCAAUCAACUUUUUGUGCUGAUCCAAGCCUAAUGGGAAAAUCUUGUAACUCGCAAAUGUAAAAUGUAGAGUCGUAGAGUAAAGUGCUAUGCAAAAUUUUAGUUUUUCUCGAUGAAACUAUAGGGGGCUAUCGUGAAUAACAAAUUCCCUGAGGUUCUAUUACGUAAUAAGAAACGACCGGCAAGUAAACGAUAAUGAAGUAAAUAAUAGUCACGACAAAGAGCGAUUAUGUAAAAUGAAUUUCACUUUUCCCCUAUUGUGAGUUCCGGGCGAAUAGUUGUUCACGUUCGGACAUCUCCCUGUAUUUUCAACUUUUUUUUUGAAGUAACUUGUGAGGUGGCGAAUACCUCUUCUCUCACUUAAAUUUUGGUGGCGAACAAGAAACUAGUUUAUCGGAAAAUGUAAAUUCCCUUCAGGUGAAACUCAUGAUAGCUUUUAAAAUUCCGGACGAAAAAAAUAUUCCUGGUGGAAAACAUUCCACGUGAAACUCACAAUAGGGCUGAUCACCAAAAAAACAUUUUUUACUAAGUCUUAAAAAAAUCUUAUAUAACGCAUACAAAAAAAAAAACAAUUAAAUUAUUGGCAAUCAAUUCUCUAAAAGAUCUGAUGAUACCUGUAGCAGAUGUUUUAAUGCAAUUUGCUAACUUGAUUAGCUAACGAGUUUUUUCAUGAAGCACAACUUCAACAAAUUUAAUUGUAUGUAUUUGACUUUGCCAUUAUUUAAAAAUUAAUUAAAAAGCAUUAAAGAAAAAGUAUUGGAUAUUGGAUAAAAUAAGUUAUAAGUUUCAUCUCGUCGUUAACUUGCCCAUCAAAUACUUAAAAUUCAACCAGAUUUUAUACUCCUGCUGGUAGAGGUUAGUAACUUGCAAGUGCUCCCUGUCUAGACAACUUCCAAAAAUUGUUAAACCCGAAUUUGAAUUUGUUUAUUAUAAAGCUUCAUUUUUUAAAACAUUCAGUUGAUCUUGAAUCCUUGCGUAGUAAUAAUCAAAUUUAAUUAAUAUCCGUUCGGUAAAAAUGAUUUUAAGAUAUUUUAUCUUUAUUGCAUUGUAUUGCACCACAAGCAAUGUUAGUUUAACUUUUGCAGAAGAUACUGCUACAACUGCAGAUGCUCUUAACAAGCUUGUUCAAGAUUUUGAAAAUUUCAAAAAACAAUUAGAUUCUGUAGACUCGCGACUUAAAACCAUACAAAAUGCUCUCGAACAAAAAGUUACAUCCGAUGAUAGUAAAUGCUUGACUCGUGAUAUUGUCGAUGCAAUUAAUAAUCGUCGACUUGAUUUAGCCGAAGAUAAAUUAAGUGAAUUGGGUAGUACAAAACGAAUUGCCUACAUCGUUCAUGAUGUCUAUGCCGAUUCGGCCAUAAAUUUAGACAAAAUUGUUGAAUUUGCUAAAAAUCUGAAAAAUGGUGAAUAUCAAUUUUUGUUUUUCAAUGCAAUUUUAAAUGAAAUACGUUCGAGUGGAGAAAGUGAUCCAAAGAAAUUGAUAGAAAUUGUGGAAUUAUUGGAAACGGUUAUGUCAAAACAAAGUGAUAAAGCAUUUAAGGCUAGAGUUAAAACUGUGAUUGAUAAUGCUAUUGAGGACAUAAAAUCAGCUUCUAUAAGUUUGCUAAAACUUGCCAUGGUCAAGAAUAAAUAUCAAAUUACCAAAGAAGUUGAAGAUUUAACAACUGCUUUGUAUGAAUUCCGUUCUGAUGUGUCAAAUAAUGUUAUGGAUGGUGUAGUUGAUAGUGCCUUUGGAGUUGUUUCUGCUAGUAGAAUUAUGGACAAUAUUAGCAGUCAGAAAAAUAUUCCUCAAGUAAUUUCAGGUCUAAAGGCAAUAUUUAAUCGUUUCAAUUAUGCUGGUAACUUAAACAAUGAUGCUACUCUCAAUUUGGCAGCUCAUUUACGUAUGCUAACAAAACGAGAGAAAUACUCUGAAAUAAGUCCCGAGUUGAGAGAUGAAGUGGUUAAAAUCGUUGAGCAAUUACCAAUUUGUGCUCGAAAUUUAUUCUUUAAUACAAGAGUUUGUUUUUGGAAUAGAGGACGAGGACAAUAUUUAUAUGCUGCUGAUACAUCGAUAAGCUAUGAUCCAGAAAGACGAAGUAUUUACACUUGGCAUCCAGGUGGCGUUCAACCGGGAUCAUUAUUCUAUGCCGAAAGAAUGGGUGAUUCUUUCUAUUUCAAAAACGAAGAACAUUUCGAUGAGUAUUUGUAUUCGGUUGGUAUUGACUUCAAUAAGGACAUGCGGUAUGUUUUUACAUGGAUUGCAGGCAAUAAUACGGAUGCACAAAGUGCUUGGGGAAUUGAAUUGGAUGGGGAUUAUUGUUAUAUUAAAACUACAUAUUACAAUGAGUAUUUGUUUGCACCAGCAAUGAAAUAUAAUCAAGAUAAUAAUUAUGUUUUUACAUGGAAACCGGGUACAUUGGUGAGAAGUCCAGAGUUUCAAUGGCAAGUGAGGAGUUGUGAAAAGGCGCAUACAUUGAAAGAUUCUUCUACUUAAAAGUGUUAGUUGAAAUAGGGUUCGAAAUAAAAUACAUUAUAAAAAAAAGAUUUUCUUUGUUUCUUUUUGUAAAACAAAAAAAAAUAGUACGUAUACG